AUGGUUUUGGUCUGUUUUUUCAUUUUUUUACUCUUGCUCUACUAUCGCACCACAAAUUAACGUGGAAAGCAGAGCCGCGGACACACACCGUGAACCUGCCUCAGCUCCUCCACCAAAUUAAUUUUUGUAGAACGCUAACUUCAUAACCAUAGCGAUGAAACUGUGUUCAGAAGUAAACUAACGAAGACAUGCGUGACCUCAACAUCAUGUUGUGGCGUACGCCAUUUUCCGGUAGCAUGCGUACGGUUUCAGCAGCAGAGCUCAAUUCCAUGAUAGAUGCUUACGUACGCAACAACAACGUACGCCAAGCACGCAAACUGUUUGACGAAAAUCCCUCAACCCGCUCCCUUGUUUCCUGGAACAUGAUGAUGAUGGCCUACGUUCAACAACAUCAAAUUCGACAUGCCCAUGACCUAUUCGACCAAAUUCCCCAAAGAGAUGCCGUUUCGUGGAACAUCAUGCUCGCUGGUUUUCAGAGAACCAUGGACACUCACAGGUCUUUCCAGUGUUUCUUGCAAAUGGGAAGAGACGGUGUUGGGCCGAAUGACUACACACUAUCCAUAUUGCUCAGAUCAGUUAUGGGUACUCAUUUUGAUGUUUUGGUGCAGCAGCUUCAUGCUCUUGCACUGCAUUUGGGACUCAACUUGAAUGUGUUUGUUGGGUCUGCUUUGAUCAAAGCUUAUGGGAGUUUAAGGUUGAAGGUGGCUUUGGGUCGUGUGUUUGAUGAUAUAUUGAUCAAGGAUGUAACAUCUUGGAAUGCUUUGGUUUCCGGUUACAUGGAAAUAGGAAGUAUGGUCGAUGCUCAAAAAGCAUUCGACCUCAUGCCCGAAAGAAACAUCAUUUCUUGGACUACUUUGGUCAAUGGUUAUAUCAAGAACAAGAGACUUAACAAAGCAAGGUCUGUAUUUAACAGGAUGGGGGAGAGAAAUGUGGUUUCUUGGACGGUAAUGAUUAGUGGGUAUGUGCAAAACAAGAGAUUUAUGGAUGCAUUGAAGCUUUUUCUUUUGAUGUUUAAGUCAGGGGCUCAUCCCAAUCAUUUUACGUUUUCGAGUGUGUUGGAUGCAUGUGCUGGUUGUCCUUCUCUUCUGAUGGGCAUGCAAGUCCACCUUUGUCUAAUCAAGUCUGGCAUAACAGACGAUGUAAUCUCAUUGACAUCCCUUGUUGAUAUGUAUGCAAAAUGUGGGAAUAUGGAUGCAGCAUUUAGUGUGUUUGAGUCCAUUCAAAACAAGAAUUUGGUGUCGUGGAACUCGAUAAUUGGUGGUUAUGCCAUGCAUGGUCUUGCAACUCAAGCACUGGAGCAGUUUGAUAGAAUGGAAAGAGUUGGUGUCACACCUGAUGAAGUUACAUUUGUGAAUGUGUUAUCAGCAUGUGUACAUGCAGGUCUUGUUGAAGAAGGUGAGAAGCACUUUGCUAACAUGGUGGCCAAGUAUAGGAUCCAAGCAGAGAUGGAGCACUAUAGUUGCAUGGUGGACCUGUAUGGAAGAGCAGGGCGAUUUGAUAAAGCAGAGAAAUUGAUCAAGACUAUGCCCUUUGAGCCUGAUGUGGUGUUGUGGGGUGCAUUACUUUCAGCUUGUGGCCUGCAUUCAAAUAUAGAACUUGGGAAGUAUGUUGCGGAAAGAAUCCGCAAACUAGAGAGCAAUCAUCCUGUUUCCUACUCAAUGCUUUCAAAGAUCCAAGGUGAGAAAGGGACAUGGAGCAUGGUAAAUGAAUUAAGGGACAUGAUGAAGGAGAAACAAAUAAAAAAGCAGAAGGCCUUUAGCUGGGUUGAGUGAUCUCUUGAUGUACAUUCAGCUAAAUUAUGAGCAAUUUAUGGGGGAAGUUGUUGCCAAGAGAAGAGAUGUCCCACUCUUUUUUUUGAGAGCCGUUGUUAUGGUCAUCCUCAAGCAACUGCCCAUGGAACAAGAAUUUAUUUCCUUGCUUGGCUUCUGAAUAAAUCAAAUGCUUGUGUUGGGGGGUUUUCAACUGCUGCUGAAACGAAUGGCUAGCAAAUGAUUCGGGUUUGGGUAAUUGCUUUGUCUUAAUACAUGCCGUCAAUGUUUUAUGUGGGGUUGGAGAGGGGAAGGGUUAUGUGCACAGUUGUAUAAAACGAGUUCCCUAUGCCUCCCCAGUACAUUUUAUGUUUGCAGCCAAAGCUGGGUAGCUGGAUAAGAUUUUGAUCUGGAGGAAGUGAUAACAGACACAAAAUUAUGGCGGGGACAAUGAAUUUUAUGAGUGAUCAUAAAAUAAAAUGUUUCGUUCUGCUCUUCCUUAUAAAAAGUAUGAAAGAUAUAUAACUGACUGAAAUUCAUUUCCCGGCACAUGUAGAGGGAGGAAAAACUAGUUGAUAAGAUAAUAAAAUAGUUGAAUUUUAUCAUAUAUAUCAGCUAAAUUAUGGUGCUCUUAGUAUUUUUCUGUAAUAAUAUUACUAAUUAAAAAGGUUGAAGAAGCUAAGCCCUGCUGAUGUCGAUAUCAUUUAGUAUGUUGGAAGUGAUGAUUGUGAAGAAGCUAGAGAGAAUUGAAAAUUUACAUUUUACAUUUUAGUAAAUUUCUUCACAAAUUUUAUUUGAAUAUAGAGUAUCAUGUUUGAAUUAAAUUCUAGAUAAUUAAUUUGUUGUAUCAUUUUUAUUCUCAUAGGAUUAUAAAACUUAGAAAAGCCCCUGCUGAGGGGUGUGUGUGAUGUGAGUCCUCUCUACUGGCCUUCUCUUCUGUCUUUGUCCUUUUCUGUAAAAUUCCCAAUUUCUACUUCAAAUUCCCUCCUGCAGGUGAACCUGGAUCCCAACCUUGAUUACUUCAUUCUUCCAUUUAAUUUCUUCUUAUACUCUGAAAUUACUAUUGUUGUUCAUCUUCCUUUGCUACACUACCUCUACAUUGUUAUGGUUCUUCAAUAAUAAUCCUCGAUAGCUUGCAAUUGAUAACACAUUUGUCAUAAUUAUAUGACUACAUUUUAUGUAGUCCAAAUUCUAUUUAGACAAAUAUUCGAUAGACUUUUUAAUUGUUAAGGAAAUAAAUCACUGUGCGUUCACUAUGUCAUUUCGUCGGGAUCACUGUGUCAUUUUGUGUUGCCUCUUAAGAAGGUUCACCCUCUUCUCUUCACCACUCAUCCAUUUGGCAGAUGCCAUGAUUUUUUUAACAUCCAUCACUAGGAAGCAAGACAAGUUAGCGCCUAGCGGUGGCAGCUACUAAAACAUGAGAUAGCACGAGAAAUGGGAGAGAAGUAGGCAGUGUAUACUUUCACAAACUCAUACUCUACCUUAGCUUUUUUUUGUUGAGUGUUUGUUCAAGAUCUCAACUCAUAAACAUGCCCAUCUUGUUCAGUCUAUAUAUAAAAGGAAACCAUUUUAAUAAUAAGUUCACAGUUUGAUGCACCAAGCCUUCAA